CGCCGCUGCCGUGGUGCUGCCAACGUCGUCGGCCGCCGCCGCGCUGCCGUCGGCGCCAAUCGCCGUGGAGCCGCCGCCGUUGCCUGCCGCUACCGCCGCUGCCACCGCGUUGCCAACGUCGCCGGCCGUCGCCGCUGCGCCACCGCCGGGGCCAAUCGCCGUGGCGCCGCCGCCAUCGCUGCCGCCGCUACCUGCCGCGGCGCCGCCGCCCCCGCCAGCGCCAGCCGGCCAGCGGCCCGCGCCCUCCUUGGAGGCCGACACCUCGUCCGAUGACGAUGCUGCACCAGAGCUACCGGUUGAGGCGCGCCGGCGCGUGCGCCGCCGCUGGCAACGGCGCCUGCAUGACAUGCUGCCGGGUAUCGGUGACACAGGCGACCCCUUCGAUGCCUUGCCGCCUCCUGAGGCGAUGGAUGAGGUGGUGGCGCUGUGGCGCAUGCUGGGCUUCUACAAGCCCUACCUGUCUUCGCGCUGGGCGGACUGCACGCCGUCGGGGGAGGCCUUCGCAUGCGGGGGCGGCCAAGCCGGCGGCGGUGGCGCUCGUUUCGGCGGGUGGGGUAGGCCUGGGAUGUGGGUCGCCGGCGGGGGCGGCUGACGGGCAGGGGGCGACAGCAGGGUCGCGUGAGGUGAAGGGGGACGUAGGGCAGAGUGAGGGGCCGGUCACGGGGCCUUCGGGUAGGCCGCAGCAAGUGGUGAUGCGGGAUGAGGUCGGCAGGUUGCUGUUUCCACGUACGGAAACGAGGAGGUUUGAUGAGGAGGCGGCUGCCUUGGAUGGCAGGCGGGUGCGCCUGGAGGGGGAGGGGCUGCGUGUGGGGGUCUUGCGGUAUCGAGGGGCCAUCAUGAGGCCCGAGUAUUUUGUGGUGGCCUGGGAGGACGGGGGCCGAGAGCAGGCCACCCUGGCAUGCGUGCGGGAGUGGCUCAUCUGAGCGGGCGUGAGCGGGGGUGCGGUGCUGGGGGGGCCCUGCGGUCCUGAGGGGAACCGGUCCUGAGUGGGGGGCUGCGCUGUGCAAGGGCGGGGCCGAAAGGGCUGGUCUGGAUUCCAGGGGGAGUCGAAGGGCUGAGGCUGCCGUACUAGUGUGGGGCCUGCGGACUGGGGUUUUGGUGUUAGGGAUGGCCUGACGGGUCAGGUGCUGAAGAAGAGUGGACGGACGGUUAUUACGGCCCGAGCGGACGGGCAGGAGAGGAACGGACGGACGGU